GUGCGGCUUCAUUCCGUCUGUAAACACCACCGAGUGCGGUCCUCCUCGCUGCUCCACUCUGUAUUAUCAAUUCCUGGUGAACUGACUAACGGUAGCGGACCCAUCUGAACGAAAGUGAAUGUGCGCCCAGGUCGAAAAUAAAAUUGGUUCGCGAGCCAAAUGAAGAAGAAGUGAACAAAUUUUAAAUAGAGAUUGAAAGUGCAUCGCUAAAUAAAAAUCAGCGCACCUGCUUCCUGAGUGCACCUGCUUCCCCAGUGGCGUCGCCCUCCGCAGGGAACACGUACGCAUACGCACCUUUGGAUACGCGUAGAAAUGCGCCGUGCAUGUGAAGUACAUGUGGAGUGCUAGUGCUUGAUAACUUAAUGCCAGCCAAAGGGCCGUAAAAACAAACGAGGCAAAAAACAAAACCAAAAACAGUGCGACCUUGUCUUGUCUUCGCCGGACUUCUUGUUCCACCAGCCCAUCCAUCAAAGUCGGGCUGCCAAGUCUUGGGAUUACGAUUACAGGCAAAACACAUUUGGAUACCACAUCUCACCAGCUCGAAGAUGCUGAAGCACGUGCAAAUCUCGCCGCUGCGGAAUCGUUCCGAUUCGGUGUCCCUUCGCUCCUCCAGCCACGCCUCCUCGUGCGCCAGCUCCAUGUGCGGCAGUCCGGAGCCCCCGGCGGAGCUGCAGAGGACUCCUUCGCGGGCCUCCAGCUAUUCCAGUCUCAACGAGCAGCUGCCACAGACCACAAUAAAGGUGUACACCAACUGCCUGAAGAUCGACAUCGAGUACAAGACCCUUGGCAUUCAGUGGGACACGACCAGCAAGGAGGUGAUUGGCCAGCUGCUCAGACGGCUCAAGAUGCGACACCGCGACCCGCGGCUCUUCUACCUUUCCAUGGAGGUGGCCGUGCGCCGGGCCGGGGUCAAGACCAUCCUCGUCCUGGACGACGACACCCGGCCGGCCAUCAUGCAGGCCUGCCAUCCGAAGGGCGAGUCCCGCUUCUGCCUGCAGCUGAAGCCCGGUGGCCUGAUCCGCGUCCACACCUCCGCCCUGCAGCCCAGUUCCCAGUACAAAUCGCUGGUCAUCAGCGAGGAGACGACCAGCGACGAGCUGCUCCACCUGCUACUCGGUUGCUACAGUUCGCCGGAGCCCGUCGAGAGCUUCUCCCUGUACGAGGUGUGUCCCGGCCAGGAGUGCCAAAGGAAACUCCAUCCGGAUGACCUCCCUCUGCGCACCCAAAUGGAGCGCAUGAAGCGCGGCGAGAGCUGCCACUUUCUGGUGCGGCGGACUCCGAACUACGCCCGGCGUCGCCAGCUGCUGGCCAACCUGAACGAGGCCAUUGGCCAGGCGGCCAGCGAGGCGGUUACUUUGGAGGAUAGCACUAGUCUGCUGGAGCUAUCCCUGGAAUCGGAUCUCUCGCUCUCCGAGGAUCUGCACAGCUGCAGCAGCCGGAGCAGCAGCGAAGAUGCCGGCGACGAGGACGAGUGUGCCAGCAGUUCCGGCUCCUCGGACAAUUCCACGGAGUGUGCUUUGCGGCGGGACUUCUACCCAGCUUCUCCUGCUCCUCCAGCUGCUGCUACGGCCCCCCAGUUGGCCGUCUCCAUUUCCCCCGCCCGAGCCUACAGCCCCGUGUACAAUAUACGUGAGAUUCGCACCGCCUCGCACUCGUUCUCAUCGCUGGGCAAGGACAAGAAGCUGCUGGACAUCCACAUGAAUGCCCGAUUCGCAUCCGCGGGGGUUUACGGCAGACUGAUGCCCGUGGCGGAGGUGCAGGAUUCCAAUGGAAACGGGAGCAAGCUCACGGCGGAGGCCGUCAACAACAACCCGGCCAAGGGACUGGGCCACUUUGUCUACCUGUAGCCAAGCAAUUAGUCAGGAUGUCGUCUGUACAUAGGAUCAAAUAGCCCAAGGAUCGUCACCUAAAAAUUAAGGAGAAGAAAAACGAGUACCGUUUGGACCAAAGAUGCAUUUGUAGUUUAAGAAGUG